AACCCAACCCCCAAGGAGUGAAGAAUUAAACCUUUGCCGCUCUUGAAGCUCAGGACGGCCUAAACCCUAAGUAACGUCUUGUUGUCGACGGCGGCAACAACCUUCCUUAAACUUCUGCCUAUACAAAUAGAUUAUAUACAGUAUUGUAUACUCUCCAGAAAGCAAUGAAUGCUCCUAUUGUCUCUAAGCAUCAUUACAAUCAGCGCCGUGAAAAUGGAGCCAACUAUUGAAGUUGUUUGUUCGUUUGCUCAAAAGAUGUUAAUUUUUCUCCGCAGCCUCUUCGGCAUGGGACGCAGAAACUAUCAACGCGUGAGCGUGUUCUUAUCAAUUCCUCAAACUCCUAAUCAUAUAUGUUUUUUUGCAUUUAAUGGUUCACAAAUAGUCUCUCCUUUCCCGUACACUUUUUUGAUCUGGGUCACUAGUUUUCUAUGUUUUUUUCGACACCCAUUUGUCACCAUAGCAAAAUUUGACAAUUUUAGUAAAGAUUCUGAUAGAGAAUCCAUUCGUGAAAUUGUUCGCCAAGGACGAUGGGAUGAUUGUAGGAUAGUUAAUUUGAUUGAUUCUACUUUAGCGCCAAUUUGGGUUUCGAGGGUUCUAGUGGAAUUAAAGGACGAACCGAGAUUAGCUUUGAAGUUCUUCAAAUGGGCUGAAAGGCGAGUUGGGUUUCGCCACACUACAGAAUCCUAUUGUAUUACCGUUCAUAUAUUAUUUUGUGCUAGAUUUUACAUUGAUGCCCGUGAUAUUCUCAAGGAUUUGAUUGGUUCCACUAUGGUGUUACCUGGUUUUGAUAUAUUUGAUGUGUUGUGGUUGACAAGAAAUGUUUGUCUUACGGGUUACGGAGUGUUUGAUUCUUUGUUUAGUUUAUUAGCUGAGUUGGGAAUGCUCAAAGAAGCCAGUGAGUGCUUUUUGAGGAUGAAGAGAUAUAGAGUUAUUCCAAAAGCACGUUCCUGUAAUUAUCUUUUGCAUAGGCUUUCAAAGGUGCACAAGGGCGAGCUGUUGAGGAAGUUUUUUGAUGAUAUGAUUGGGGCUGGAAUUGCUCCAUCUGUCUUUACAUAUAAUAUAAUGAUAGAUUAUAUGUGUAAAGAAGGGGACUUGAGGAUCGCGAAAAGCUUGUUUGCACAAAUGAAAGAUAUGGGUAUUGCACCUGAUAUUGUUACUUAUAAUUCCCUUAUUGAUGGGCAUGGUAAGGUUGGGCAAUUAGAUGAUUCGGUUUCUGUAUUUGAAGAAAUGAAGAAUGCUGACUGUGUCCCUGAUCUAAUAACAUACAAUGCUCUGAUCAAUUGUUUUUGUAAAUUUGGGAGAAUGCUACCGGCAUUUAAAUUUCUCCAUGAGAUGAAGGAAACAGGUUUAAAACCAAACGUCAUAACUUAUAGCACAUUUAUUGAUGCUUUUUGCAAGGAAGGGAAGACGCGAGAGGCAAUCAAGUUUUUUGUGGACAUGAGACGAGUUGGUCUUACUCCUAAUGAAUUCACGUAUACCUCUCUGAUUGAUGCAAAUUGUAAAGAAGGUAAUCUUGGUGAAGGUUUGAAGCUGCUCAAAGAAAUGCUUCAGGCAGGUAUCAAGUUGAACAUUGUUACCUAUACUGCAUUAAUUGACGGCCUCUGUGAAGAAGGGAAGAUGAAGGAAGCUGAAGAAGUAUUCAGGGUGAUGUUGAAAGAGGAUGUCACUCCUAAUCAGCAGGUCUACACUACCCUUGUUCAUGGGUAUAUUAAAGCCAAAAAGAUGGAGAAUGCCAUGGACAUUUUCAAAGAAAUGAAAGUAAAAUGCAUUGAACCAGAUUUAUUUCUGUAUGGAACAAUCAUUUGGGGUCUCUGCAACCAGGAAAAGGUUGAAGAAGCCUCUCUUUUGUUUUAUGAAAUGAAGGAAUGUGGUAUUGAACCAAAUCAUGUUGUGUAUACAACACUUAUAGAUGCCUAUUUUACGGCUGGAAAAGCUACAGAGGCACUGAAUCUGCUACGAGAAAUGCAGGACUUAGGGAUUGCCCCUACUGUUGUGACAUAUUGUACAUUAAUCGAUGGUUUGUGCAAGUUGGGAUUGAUCCAAGAGGCAAUUGAUCAUUUUGAUAGAAUGCCAGGCAUUGGUUUGCAACCUAAUGUUGUAGUUUAUACAGCAUUGAUAGAUGGUCUUUGUAAAAAUAAUUGCAUGGAAGCUGCCAGGAAGCUGUUUGAUGACAUGCUGGGCAAGGGUAUGUUUCCAGACAAAACUGCUUAUACAUCAUUAAUUGAUGGGAAUUUAAAGCAUGGCAAUAUCCAGGAAGCCUUGGAUUUGAAAAAAAGAAUGAUUGAAACCGGUGUGGAGCUUGACCUUAAAGCGUACACUACUUUGAUUUGGGGGCUUUCUAGAUGCGGUCAAGUGCAACAAGCAAGGAAUUUGCUUGAUGAGAUGAUUAGGAAGGGUGUUCUUCCUGAUGAGAUUGUUUAUGGUUGUCUGAUUAGGAAAUAUUAUGAGCAAGGAAACAUGGAUGAAGCUCAAGAAUUACAGAAUGAAAUGGUGAAAAGGGGUCUUAUUACUGGCAUAAGUAAUUAUGCUAUUCCUAAUAUACAAACUUGAGAGGGCCUAGAUGCUUGUUCAUCCUUGUUGGUGUCAGGCUGGAAAAGAUAUAGAUUCUUGGCGGAGAAGAAUGAUUGCCGAAGAUAUAUGAUGUAGGGCUUCAGAAUAAGGAAUUGCUUGUACUGGGAGGUGCUGGUUUGCUGAUGGGCUGUCGCUGGAUAUCCUUUUACACAUACCCAAAGUUCAUUAUUGGUCUCAUGAUGCAAAAUCUGGUAUGGAGUUGGCACUUACUUAGCUCAGAGUCACUGUGAUAGGACAUGCACUUCUGUACUUUUCUGGCUGAAAUCCUUUUCAAUCUUGUUAAUAGAUGGCUGGAUCCACAGUUCUAAUGGAGAUAUGAAGUAUUUGAAGAUAUUUCUAAAUUUAAAUGGCUUGGAGUUAACCAAGUGAAAUAUACAACAUGAUUUUGGGUAAUCCAUUUGGCCAUUCACCAUUCGUGAACUUUUAAAGGCUUAUCUUGGAUAUGGCAUCAACUGAAUCUGUUGAAUAGAGGCUGGUACAUCCCAAGCAAAUGGAAAAAGCAAUUCAAGGGAAGCCAAUGGAGGUGAGGAAAAUACCUCUAGAGAGGAAAAAAAAUAGCACUGCUCUAUCCAAGGAAAUAUGUGAUCCAAAAGAAGUUAGAAAAUGAGGGAAGUGCUAGUGGAGAGGAAAUCCAAAUCCACAUGAGUAGUCUUAGGCUUAAGGAGACAACAAAUUUAUCUUGCAACCUAGUAAGUAAUGUCUAUACCAACAAAGAGACUUAACUUCUGGGCAUCUGGCUUAGGUGGGACAGAAAUUGGAUAGAGCAGCUUUGAUGUGGAGAGCCUCUCUUGCAUGGCCAUUUCAUUUAGCUCACAUAUUGGAUGGAACAGAUUUGAAUAGCCCACAUGUUGUUGUUUGGAUAGAGCAGAUUUGAUGUGUUUAUAGCCCACAUAUUGUUGUUUGGAUAGAGCAGAUUUGAUGUGUCUGCAAAUUAAUUUUAUACAAAAUGUUGACAGAAGCCUAAAAGAAUUUUAUGAGAUCUCUGGCU